UGAGCGGAGGGACGCAGUCAGCAAUUAGCUGGAGAGGGAAAGAUAACUGUCGCGGACUGUGGCUGGGUUAAGCGAGGGAAAGUGCCCAGAACGAGACGCACAAACCCAACAUUUUGAUGCGAGGAAAAGAGAAAGUGGCCCGCUGCUCCUUUGAGAGAGAAUCGCCUAGACGGGACUGAUGAAGAAAUGGCAGCGGAAUCGACCCGGAGAUUCACGAAGAACCUGCUGAAACCGGGCACCGCGGCUGAGAUCAGGCAGACUGCAUCCAGCGCGGUCAGGCAGUCGGCUGCGGCGCAGGAGAAGCCCAAGCUGAUCGACCCGCUGGACUAUGAGGCGGUGGUGUGUGAGCUGGACUCUGAGCUGCAGGAGGACCUGAGAGACCUGCUGCUGUUUCCUGAGGACGACUUCACCGUGUCCACGGUACCUGUGGAGAGACGGACAGUGCAGUCCACCGUGCCGGAUGGAGCUGAACAGGCCGAGUGUCUGCUGGUCAGACAGGCCUGCAAAUAUUAUAACUCCCCGCAGCACGUAGUCCAGUAUAAAUACGAGCAGUAUGCCGGGGACUACCGCCAGCUACCCAGAAAGCCGUGUAAGGGGGAGAAGUUGCCAUCCCAGUCCUUUGAGAUUGACCAUGAGGAUGUGGACAAAGAUGAGGACACCACAUCGCUGUCGUCGUCUAAAGGAGGAGGAGGGGGGGGGUGUGGGGGGCUGGGCGUGUUCAGGUGCGGGUGGCUCUACAAAGGGAACUUCAACAGCACUGUCAACAACAGCAUCACCGUGCGGUCGUUCAAGCGGCGGUACUUCCAGCUGACUCAGUUGACAGACAGCUCCUAUAUCAUGAACUUCUACAAAGACGAGAAGAUCUCCAAGGAGCCCAAAGGGUGCAUCUUCCUGGACUCCUGCACAGGCGUGGUGCAGAAUAACCGGCUGCGGAAGCACGCCUUUGAGCUGAAGAUGAGCGACGUCACGUACUUUGUGCUGGCGGCGGAGAACGAGCAGGACAUGGAGGACUGGAUCUCCACCCUGACCCGCAUCCUGCAGAUCAGCCCCCACGACGGGCCCCCGGACCGCCGCAGCGCCGAGCUGACCGACACACGGCAGGAUAUCAUAGAGCUGUCCUUGAGUGACACCAGUCUCCCUGACAACGAGGAGCUCUCAGAAGACAGUUUAAACCCUGAACUGGCCAAAUAUAUCAGUGAAACUGAGGAGUCUGUCCAUGCUGCACGGCAGGAGGAGAGGCUGAACCUGUUCUCUCUGGACCCAGACGUACCUGUGCAGCAGACCCCGCGUGGGGAGUUUCAGGUGGGCGAUGCCUCCUCCAUCCGGCCGUUUGAGGAGAGGCUGGGGAAGAGGCUGAUGGUCUCCUGCAGAACCCUGAACCUCUCCCUGCAGGGCUGCGUGUGUGAACCAGAGAGUGGGCCUGUCACCAACAUCGAGCCCUUCUUUGUGACUCUGGCCCUGUUGGACGUGCGGGAGGGCAGGAAGGUGUCGGCUGAUUUCCACCUGGAUCUGAACCACGAUGCCGUGCGGCAGAUGUUGGGCGGGGCUGGGCAGGAGAACGGCCUCAGCUCACCUGCCGAACACACACCUGGAGACUGCCAGCUGCCCCCACACCUGGACUCCUGGCUGCACUUCCCCACCCAGGCCAUCUUCUCGGUGACUAACCCGCACUCAGACAUAGUGCUGGCGGCCCGGGUGGAGAAGGUGCUGAUGGGAAAUAUCGCUAGUGGCGUGGAGCCUUACAUCAAGAACAUCGACUCCGGCAAGACUGUUCAGAAAAUAGUGAAAUCCAACAAGCAGUUCUGUAGCAAACUGGGGAGAUACCGUAUGCCGUUUGCCUGGUGUGUGAGGUCUGUGUUUAAGGACGGCCAGGGCACACUGGACAGAGACUGCCGCUUCUCACCCCUCUUCCGACAGGAGGGCAACAAGAUCUCCACUGAUGACCUGAUGAAGCUCAUCUCUGAGUACAGGAGGGCAGAGAAGGCCAGUAAGCUGCAGACCAUCCCAGGCAGUCUGGAGGUGUCUGUGGACUGUGUGCCCUUGGAGCACCCCAACUGUGUGACCUCCUCGUAUGUGCCUGUAAAACCGUUUGAGGGCACUGAGCUCCACGCCCCCACGGUGGAGGUAGAGGAGUUCCUGCAGGAGACGCCCCGGUUCUGCCAGCCGCACCAGGUGUACCGGAACCACCUGUACGUGUACCCCCGGCACCUCAAAUACGACAGCCAGAAGAGCUUUGCCAAGGCUCGGAACAUCGCCGUCUCCGUGGAGUUCCGGAGCUCCGAUGACGACACAGCCAAACCCCUGAGGUGUAUCUACGGAAAGCCGGGAGGGCCAGUCUUCACCACAGCGGCCUGCUCCGCUGUCCUGCACCACUCCCAGAACCCAGACUUCUGUGACGAGGUGAAGAUUGAGCUGCCCACCCAUCUCCACGACAAACACCACCUGCUCUUCUCCUUCUACCAUGUGACCUGUGACAUCAACGCCAAAACCAAUACCAAGAAGAGAGAGGUUCUUGAGACUCCAGUGGGGUACUCCUGGCUCGCCCUGCUGAAGGAUGGUGGUGUGGCGUCUCAGGACUUCAGCCUGCCCGUGUCCAGCACUCUGACCUCGGGGUACCUGCUCAGCAAGGAACCCGGAGCUGCCAAGAGCGGGACAGACAUGAGGUGGGUUGACGGGGGAAAGUCCAUAUUUAAGGUGGCAACACACGUCCUGUCUACAGUCUACACUCAGGACCCCCAUCUGACACGGUUCUUCCAGGAGAGCGAGAAGGGGGAGCUGGACCUGUCCCAGUCGCCGAGCCCAGAGUUCCUGAGCAGCCUGAAGGGGCUCCUUGGUGUGGAGAAGAUUCAUGUGAUCAUCCGCUUCCUGCCUGUGCUGUUUAACCAGCUGUUUAAGGUCCUGACCCAGAAUGACAAUGAGGAGGUCACUACUGACACCACCAGAGUUCUGGUCCACAUUAUUGCCAAGUGCCAUGAAGACAGCCUGGAGUCCUACCUGCACUCUUACAUUAAGUUUGUGUUCCGUACAGAGAGUCACGGUUUUCGGACAGUGCAUGAAGAACUGGCCAAAGGCAUGACCUCUGACCUUAAGAGCAAUGAACAGACAGCUGUGAGGAACAUCCUGAAGUUCUCCUGGUUCUUCUUUGAGCUGAUCAUCAAGUCCAUGGCUCAGCACCUGGUGGACUCGGACAAGCUGAAGGUCCCCCGGCCGCUGCGCUUUCCGUCCUCCUACCUGAGCAGGCUGGAGGCGCUCAUCAUGACCACGGCCGACCACGUCUUCUGGAAGACCAAAGACAUGCCCGAGGAGACACACUGCGCUAACAUGGCCGUGGCCAGCUUCAUAAAGCGCUGCUUCACCCUCAUCGACAGAGGCUUCACCUUCAAGCUGAUCAGCGGCUACAUGAACAUCAUCACGGCCACCGACAACAAGGCGCUGUGCGAGUUCAAGUUUGAGUUCCUGCGGGAGGUGUGCAACCACGAGCACUGCAUCCCCCUCAGCCUGCCCAUCCCCUCCGCCCACAUCACAGAUAUCGCCUCUUCAUCGGAAGCACAGACCGCACAGGUGGACGUGCCGGAGUACAGCCUGACGGGGGAGUUCUGCAGGAAGCACUUCCUGACGGGCCUGCUGCUCCGGGAGCUGGGCCUGGCGCUGCAGGAUGAGCAGGACCUGAGGCACCUGGCCCUGGCCAGCCUCAAGAACCUGAUGGCCAAGCACUCCCUGGACCCCCGCUACGCACAGAGGGACAGACAGGCGCGCGUAGCGGCUCUGUACCUCCCGCUGUACGGGCUGAUCCUGGACAACAUGCCGCGCUUCUUCCUCCGCGAGAUCUUUCCCGUGUGCUUCACCUCCGCCAGCGACCAGGGUUCUCGGGACGACCUGAGUGUGGGAGGGACGGGGCCCCAGGUGCAGGCUCUGAGACACGGCAACUCUGUGGACGCCUCCUUCUCCAAGGAGGUCCUCAACUCCAUCACAGCCUUCUCCCUGGCGGUUUCCGUGGGUAACCAGGCAGACUCGCGGGGAUCUCUGAUCAGCAUCGAGUCGAACCCGAGCACCAGCGACAAGACCAGCGACAAGACCAGCGAGAGAACGGACGCUGGCGAGAGGUUUGCCCGGCCUCAGUCCCUGAUUGGCUUCGGCUCGCGGUUCGAUAAGCUGGACCAGGCCGAGACCCACACCCUCCUCUUGUGCUUCCUCCACAUCAUGAAGACCGUCUCCGAGGACGUCAUGGUGUCAUACUGGCAGCGUGCGGUUCAUCAGGAAAUCUCCGACUUCUUCAACAUCUUAGAGCUGUGUCUGCAGCACUUUCGGUUCCUGGGGAAACGGCACAUCGCCAGGAAGCUAGCAGCAGCGGUGAAGCUGGCUCAGUCCACCCACAAUGGCACGAUGAAGGGCCAGGCCACCCAGUCCUCCGGCCUCCUGCCGCAAUGGAUGCUCUCUGCUCCGGACGCGCACCGCCACGCCCGCUCCCAGACCAUGCCCAUCCUGCGGGGGAAGAACGCCCUGACCAACCCCCGCCUGCUGCAGGCCAUGGAGUCCAGCUGUGGCUCCGGUGGCAGUAUGGUGGAUGGAGACACCCAGAACCCCACAGACAUCGAGGCCAACCUGUCCACCGAAGUGGGUCUGACCGUGUUGGACAUCCUCGGGCUCUUCGUCCAGAACCACAAGAAACAGCUGCAGCAGGAGGAUGGGCAGAACGCUCUGAUGAAGAAGGUGUUCGACACCUACCUGCUCUUCUUCCAGAUCAACCAAUCAGCCACCACGCUGAGACACGCCUUUGCCGCUCUGCGCCUCUUCAUACACAAGUUCCCUGCAGUGUUUUUCCAGGGGAAGGCUGAGCUCUGUGGCUCUCUGUGCUCUGAGAUCCUGAGGUGCUGCAACCACCACAGCACCUCCACCCAGACCGAGGCCUCCGCCCUGCUCUUCUUCAUCAUGAGGAAGAACUUUGAGUUCACCAAGGGGAAGUCCAUCGUGCGCUCACACCUACAGCUCAUUAAGGCAGUCAGCCAGCUGAUUGCGGACGGUGGGAUCGGGGGCUCACGGUUCCAGCAGGCCCUCGCCAUCAUCAACAACCUGGCCAACGGAGACGCGCCCCUGAGGAACACCUCGUUCCCGGCGGAGGUGAAGGACCUGACGAAGCGCAUCCGCACGGUGCUGAUGGCCACGUCGCAGAUGAAGGAGCAUGAGAAGGACGCGGAGAUGCUGGUGGACCUGCAGUACAGCCUGGCCAACUCCUACGCCAGCACCCCCGAGCUGCGUCGCACCUGGCUGGAGAGCAUGGCCAAGAUCCACGUCCGCAACGGAGACCUGUCCGAGGCGGCUAUGUGCUAUGUUCACAUCUCUGCACUGAUAGCAGAGUCCCUGAAGAGGAGAGGGUACUGGAAAUCAGACAAGCCGCGGAGCUCGAAUGUGUUCCUCGAGGAGGCUAACGGCAUUAACUGUCCCCCCUUACUAACACAGCGCGAUGGAGAAAGCUCGUUCUCCCUGGGCUGGCCUGCGUUCCUGUGCAUCACGCCCAACGUGAAGGAGGAGGGCGCCAUGAAGGAGGACACCGGCUCUCAGGACACGCCCUACACUGAGGACACCCUGGUGCAGCAGCUGGAGCUGUGUGUGGAUUACCUGUGGAAGUCUGAGAGACACGAGCUCAUCGCCGACGUCAACAAGCCCGUCAUCGCUGUCUUCGAGAAGAGGAGGGACUUCAAGCGCCUCUCCGAGCUGUACUAUGACAUACACCGCUCGUACCUGAAGGUGACGGAGGUGGUGAACUCGGAGAAGCGGCUGUUUGGGCGGUAUUACCGCGUGGCGUUCUACGGCCAGGGCUUCUUUGAGGAGGAGGAGAGUAAGGAGUUUAUCUAUAAGGAGCCCAAGCUGACCGGCCUAUCAGAGAUCUCCCAGCGCCUGCUCAAACUCUACUCUGACAAGUUUGGGGCCGACAACGUCAAGAUGAUCCAGGACUCCAAUAAGGUGAACCCUAAAGACCUGGACCCCAGGUUUGCCUACAUCCAGGUGACCUACGUCACGCCAUACUUUGAGGAGCAGGAGCUACGGGAGCGGAGGACGGACUUCGAGCGCCAUCACAACAUCAAGCGCUUCGUGUUCGAGACGCCGUUCACACUGUCCGGCAAGAAGCAUGGAGACGUGGAGGAGCAGUGCAAGAGACGCACCGUCCUGACCACGAGCUCCGUCUUCCCGUACCUGAAGAAGCGGAUCCAGGUGGUGGACCAGCAGAGCUCCGAGCUCAACCCCAUUGAGGUGGCCAUCGACGAGAUGUCCCGCAAGGUGUCCGAGCUCAACCAGCUCUGCAGCAUGGAGGAGGUGGACAUGAUCAGACUGCAGCUCAAACUGCAGGGCAGCGUCAGCGUCAAGGUGAAUGCUGGCCCCAUGGCCUACGCCCGUGCCUUCCUGGAGGAGAAAAACGCCAAGAAAUACCCCGACAACCAGGUGAAACUGCUGAAGGAGAUAUUCAGGCAGUUUGCGGAGGCGUGCGGGGGGGCUCUGGAUGUGAAUGAGAGGCUGAUUAAGGAGGAUCAGCUGGAGUAUCAGGAGGAGAUGAAGGUCCAUUACAGAGAAAUGCUGGGGGAGCUGUGUGCCAUCAUGAACGAGCAGAUUCAGCACUCCAGAUCAGACGGUCCGGACCGGCUGCACAGCUGAGUGGAAAACUGACUCUGAACUGGAAACAUGGAACAAUGUUCAAAUCCAGCAGCUUAAAGUGUCACUGAAGAAGUGCAGCCCAGGGUGUGUCUGUGUCUCAGGCUGCUCUUAUAUACACACACACACACACACACACACACACUCACACACACACACUCACACACACACACACACACACACACACACACACACACA